AUGAAAAGCACCAGUCGAGAAUGGUAUUAUCAUCCUGUAGACGAGUUUAUAUUUCAAGAAUACAGUGAUAGAAGGGACACUGAGCUCAUUUUCGAUUCGGGUUUUAACCCGAGGGUUUUUCUACUUAACAGGUACACAAAAGAACUGAAUGCUCAUUGAGUAAAGGCAAAUAGGUGUGAGAAUAAUGACAAAUGACAGAAAUUUGGUAGCCAAUUCGUCGCAGUCAACCUCGCAGCCACGUGGUAUAGGAAAGAAAUUUUGUUGCUUAUUUGGAUAACUAACGCAGGACAUAGCUUAUUGUUUUUAGUUUUUUUUUUUUUAACAGAGCUUUCUUGGUCGAAUUUAUCUGUGUCUAUUGCUCCAAUUGAUCAACGAAUCCACAAUUCGGGAGUAUUCUCUACUGUUCGCCACUAUUCGCACCAUUCGAGACUAUUCGCGCUAUUCGAGACAAUUCGCUCUUCGGGUUUUCCAGACACCCCUUUGUUGGCAGCCUGGUAGAGAACUGUUCGUCAAGCUUUAA